CCGAGCCCUGGCAGAGAUGCUGCAGCCGUCCGUUUUGCGUUGCGCCCUGCUGACCCGCACGUGGAGGGGGGCCGGGCUGCGGCAGAAGCAUGCCUCCUCCUUGAAGGUGGCCAAUGAGCCCAUCCUAGGAUUCACGCAGGGCAGCCCUGAGCGAGAUGCGCUGCAGAAGGCCUUAAAGGACCUGAAGGACCAGACAGAAGCCAUCCCAUGCGUGGUGGGGGAUGAGGAGAUGUGGACAUCAGAUGUGCAGUACCAGGUGUCGCCCUUUAACCAUGGACACAAAGUAGCCAAGUUCUGUUAUGCAGACAAGGCCUUGAUCAACAAAGCCAUUGAGGCCGCCUUGGCUGCCAGGAAAGAAUGGGACCUGAGGCCUGUCGCAGACCGGGCCCAGAUCUUUCUGAAGGCGGCAGAUAUGCUGAGUGGGCCAAGAAGGGCUGAGAUUCUUGCCAAGACCAUGGUGGGACAGGGUAAGACGGUGAUCCAAGCAGAGAUCGACGCUGCAGCUGAGCUCAUUGACUUCUUCCGAUUCAAUGCCAAGUUUGCCAUGGAGCUGGAGGGGGAGCAGCCCAUCAGUGUGCCGCCCAGCACCAACAGUGUGGUCUACCGAGGGCUGGAGGGCUUCGUAGCGGCCAUCUCCCCCUUCAACUUCACUGCGAUUGGUGGCAACCUGGCAGGAGCACCAGCUUUGAUGGGCAAUGUGGUCCUGUGGAAGCCCAGUGACACGGCCAUGCUGGCCAGCUAUGCUGUCUACCGAAUCUUGCGGGAGGCCGGCCUACCCCCCAACAUCAUCCAGUUUGUGCCAGCUGACGGGCCUGUAUUUGGGGACACGGUCACCAGCUCAGAGCAUCUCUGCGGCCUCAACUUCACAGGCAGUGUGCCCACUUUCAAACACCUAUGGAAGCAGGUGGCCCAGAACAUAGACCGGUUCCGUACCUUCCCACGCUUGGCUGGAGAGUGUGGUGGGAAGAACUUCCACUUCGUGCACCACUCUGCGGACGUGGACAGCGUAGUGAGCGGGACCCUGCGCUCAGCCUUUGAGUAUGGUGGCCAGAAGUGCUCAGCCUGCUCUCGUCUCUACGUGCCACACUCGCUGUGGCCACAGAUCAAAGGGCGGCUCCUGGAGGAGCAUGGCAGGAUCAAAGUGGGCGAUCCGGCAGAGGACUUUGGGACCUUCUUCUCUGCAGUGAUUGAUGCAAAGUCCUUUGCCCGCAUCAAAAAGUGGCUGGAGCAUGCAGGCUCCUCACCCAGCCUCACCAUCCUGGCCGGGGGCAAGUGUGACGACUCCGUGGGUUACUUCGUGGAACCCUGCAUCGUUGAAAGCAAGGACCCACAGGAUCCCAUCAUGAAGGAGGAGAUCUUCGGGCCUGUGCUGACUGUGUAUGUCUACCCUGAUGACAAGUACAAGGAAACCCUGCAGCUAGUUGACAACACCACCAGCUACGGCCUCACGGGGGCAGUGUUUGCCCAGGAUAAGAACGUCAUCCAAGAGGCCACAAAAAUGCUGAGGAAUGCUGCCGGCAACUUCUACAUCAACGACAAGUCCACUGGCUCAGUGGUGGGCCAGCAGCCCUUUGGGGGCUCCCGGGCCUCUGGAACCAAUGACAAGCCAGGGGGCCCUCACUACAUCCUGCGCUGGACGUCACCCCAGGUCAUCAAAGAGACCCACCAGCCCCUAGGAGACUGGCGCUACUCAUACAUGCAGUGAUUCCUGCUCGGCCAGUCCACUGUCCACCUGUCUGUCCAUCCAGAGGGUUGACCCCACUGCACCCCUGCCUACCCCUCCACUUGCUCCUUAUGGACAGCCCCCUUCUGGAGCCAAGCCACACCUCCCCUCCCCGCCAUUGACCUGUGGUCUUGUUUGAUCAGGUCAUGCUGGGCCGCUACACUGUCUCCCAUCAGCCACCCUGGAAAUCCCACCUGCUGGGUAUGACCCUGGAGUCCAGCAGGUUUUCCACCUGUCUGCUUCCCUAGGGAAUGGAGAGGGGGCAGGUCUAGGGACCAUGUGGGGAAAGCAGGCAUCUCUGGCCCCUUGGCACUCUUGCCACUCACAGAGGCUCCUCCAGGUAUCCAGAGUGAGGUGUGAACCUGAGUGGCUGCAGGGCACAAGUGGCACUAGCUAGCCUUGCCCUCUGAGGUCUGGGCUGCCCACUGCUACUUUUGUCUAGAUCUGCCUGAGCCAGUGGGCACCUGGUCCCAUCCGGCCUUAGACCCAUGUGCCUUCCUGCAGAGUGCCUGUGUUCCCCUGAGGCCAUGCCAUUCCUAGCCACUUGCUGAGGUGUGGCGUGUGGCAGUCCUUCCACAGCUGUGAUUCUGCAAAACCUUGAGGAACUCCAUGUCGUGGGACUGUUCCUGAGUUCUUCUGGUCCUUCCUCUGCAGGUGCCACUCCCAGAGCCCAUCUCAGGGCCUCAGUUCUGCCCAGUCAUCAACACCUAGCCUGGGGUCCCCUCCAGCCUGGGAUGUGGUCUGUAGAAUUGCCCCUCCCCAGUAUGGAAGGGCUCUGAGUGUCCUGGGCCCCCCAGUUGCUUACUCUUCGUCAGAUGCAGCUAGUCCAGUAGUGGCUAGGGGCAAACUCCUUCUGACUGGGUUCUGGUGGCCAGGGAUUGCUAAGAUGUGACUUUCUGGGAGAAGAGUGCUGGGGCUCUCCCUCAAGGACAGCCCCACAGAGCCCCCAUGGAGCAGGUGUGGCCAGCCCCUCAUGCCCGUUUCUCACCAUGGCCCAUGGUUGGGCAGGUGCUGCCUGGGCCAGUGUGGGUUCUAGGAUCUGAGUCGUCUCCUGUGGGGGCCAGGGGCGGUGGCUGGGGUGCAGGCUGGAGGUGUGCUUGGUACUACUGGUUCUACACUGUGAGGUGGCAGUGGGGUGCACCCAGUGCCACCAAAUAAAAUGCCUGUUACCUAA